AUGAGUCGAGGUCUCAAUGUUGAGGAACGGCUUGAAAGAUUGAAAAAACUAAAACAGCUCAGGGAGCUUGCGCUUGAGGAGAAUGAGAGAGAGUUGCAACGAGAAAUUAAGCAGCUCAAGGAGGAACAGAAAUUACGAGCCGCAGCUGCUCAAAAAGAUGCAGAAGAAGAAAUACAGGAGACAGAAUUACACAACGAAGGGGUAAAUAGCGAACGUCUCCGAAAUUUGCGGUACACAAUUGAACAAGACGAAGCAUGGCAUGCGAAAUUGGAAGCCGGGAAAACGGCGGCUGAAGACAGAGAGUUUCAAAAUUUCAAGCAACUCGCUCGUCAGACAUACACAAAAGGCCUGAAAAAUCUGAAUCCGCUGAAGUCAGAGCAAUACGAGGCCCAGAAACAGAUAUAUGCCGAAAUGAAGAAGGAAGGAAAGUCUGACUCAGAAAUAAUCAGCUCUUUGACUAGCAGAGAGAAGCUUAACCAGAUGGUAGAUCAAUUAAAGGAGCGCGAGACUACCACGGUUAAAAGGCGGAAAACGGCGCAGGAUCGCCAGAAUUUUAUCAAUGACAAAAACAAGCAGUUCAACGAUAAGCUUGACAGACACUAUGACGAGUAUCUUUCUGAUCUGAAGGAGAGCAUCCAGCGAGGAUCUUCACUCUGA